AUGUUGCACUGGUCCCCGAACACUGCCACCGACCCAUCCACAUGGCCAUUCUUCGCUUGCUUUCCUCUCUGCUGGCUCACUUACUCUCACCAGAUCUGCGUCUCUCUCUCUUUCUUGGCAGCGAUGAGGCGGCUUUCAAUGGCACCGGCGCUGCGGGCUGUCGCACCGCCGUCGCCCGGCGUCUUCGCAUGCCUUUACGUAUCGUGCGGCUGCGCCUCUCAGUACCAGAGGCGGUGGACCGGGACGCAGCGACGCGUCAUCCGGCCCACUGAAGAAAGCGUCGCAGAACUGAUGGAGGAUGACGAUGACGAGGUUGCUCACGUCAGCAUUGUCAAUGUCUCCUCCAUCGCCGCCUCCACGUCGCUUUCUGCCAUCUCCGCGUCCGCGUCGCUCUACCGGCGGGUGGCAGCAGCGAGCUUUGACGGCAAUGCAAACUCCACGGAUGAUGCCGCAUGUGUAGCACCCACCCAGGAUGCUGUCGAGGCAGAGGCGCUUGCGGGGACCUCCGCAGGCGAUGGGGACGGCGCUGUCAGUGAGGAGGCGAGAGGGGAUGAGGCGUAUAUCCUUCAGCAGCAGCAGUACUACUAUGAGCUUCCCGUGCAGGCGCUUACCGAUAUCACAACCGCCUACCUGCGCUCUACAGAGAACAUUGUCCUCGUGUCGCCGCAGGAGGAGCACAUCCUGUUUCCCGUCCUUAUGGAGCGCCUGCAGGAGUUCCACGUGUCACAGCUGCUGGACAUUGUCGACAGUCACUGGAGUCGGUCUACCAUGCUUCGCUACGGCACCCAGUACAAGGAUAUGGUGCGUGACCGCAUUGCUCAGCUCGCCACCGCCGCGGCGACGCAGUUGGAGGCGAAGAGGAGGAGGCGACAGGAGCAGCAGUCGUCUUCCAACGUUGCAGAGCCGACGUCCACCGCUGUUGGCGCAUUUGGUGCGACGCAGAAAGGUGAGAGUCACAGUAGCAAGACUACGGGUGCCGGCGAGGAGUACGAAGAUGACGGUGCCGUGUUCGUGGCCGAGAAACAGGCAGCCGAUGCGCAGCGCUCUGCCGACGCUAUUCUGACGCACGCCGAGAAGGAGAUCACGUCCGCGACGGUUUACCGCGCCUUGGUGGUCAUGGGAAUCAGCGCGGGGCACCGCAAGCGCGACUUGGCCUUUUUCCAACUGCUCGGCAACUACUUAACCUUCUUUAUCAACGACUAUCGAGACCCGCAUGAGCUUGUACGCGUACUGACGGCGCUGGCGCGCGCGAAGGUUGUGCCGUCGCCGGCGUUUCUCAGCAUGAUUGCGCGCCGCAUGCCGGUGCUGCACAAGCGCACCCCACUGGAGCCGCUGCCGGCCUAUCGCGCUCUCUCCAACUUUGCGCGGAUGGGGCACACUUCCAUGAGCACCUUCCGCUUCCUCGCGGACUGCAUGUUUGCCCACGUGGAAAAGCACAUCAACGAGGAGAAGAAGCAGCUCGCCACGAUAGCAGCCGCAUCAAAGAAGCCUGAAGCUGCGACAGAGGUGGCCGAUGCGAGGACAGCUCCAUCUGCCGCCUCGGACUCAGCAGCCUGCAUGGAUUGUGCGCAGUGGUUCAGUGAAGAGGUGCUGGCAAAGGAGCGGCUGCGUCGCAUGUGCGGGCUGAAGCCGUCUAUGUUCACAAGGUGGCUCGCCAUCCUCGCUCGCUUCAACGCCCCGCAUCAACAGUACCUGCGCCCUCUCGUCAAGUCAGUCAUCUUGCCGAUGCUACCAUACUUCCCACCACCAAGCUUCACUCGACUGGUGAGCGCGACGCGUGUGUUCAGGUCAACCGAUCGCGUUCUCGUGGACGCGCUGGUGGAGCGGGUGUGCGAUGUGCUCGCGCCAGCCGGCAAACUGACACGCUUGGAUGUGAUGGAGCUGCUGCGCCUCAUCUCUCAGGAAGACACCCCCGUGCCUACUCAACUGGAUCGCGUCCUCCGGAUAUGCAAGGACUACCUUGGGAGCUCGACAAGCAUCUACACUGCGGAAGAGGUGUCCCCGCACAGCGCCGACCGGGGCGCAGCUCCGCGGCCACGCGGCACAGUCACGGUUGUGCCGCGUCCGCGAGACAUGUGCAACGUGGUGAAGCUGAUCGGCUCCUUUCAGAAGAGGGACGAGAUCCCGCUCGAGUCCCUCACCCCGCUGCUGGAGCUGACGGAGGACUUUGCGAAGCGCCUCGCGUAUCUGAUGGAGCUGUGCGUUGUGUCACUGACGCAGGUGGAUACGUUUCUGGAGCUGUGCGAGCGACACCAAAUUCCAGAUGUAUCCGGGGCGUUGGAGCAGCUAAUGCUGAAGCGACGGGAUGUGGCACUGCACGCCAAGCGCUCUCCAGAAGCGACGGCGGAGAAUAAGGACGGCAGAGGUAGCGGCGCCGACGAUGAGGAGGCCGAAGAGGCGUACUACGGCCAGCUGGACAUCGACGUGCGCGAGACGUUCAACAAGAUUCUCCUUGCAAACGACUGGAAUACCUACUGCCGUUACAGACCACUGCCUGGUCCGCUGCAGGUAGACUUCCGCAACGAGCUCACGAAGGUGUCCGCUCUUGAGCUUCUUCAGGCGGUGGACUUGUUUGCCAAGGCGUGCCCCGGUGCUCUGCAAGACGCGCCACGGCUCUUUCUCAGCCGCAGCCUGCUAGAGAAGCUCGGCAAGGAGGGCGAGGUGGUGGUGGAGGAGGCAACGAACAGCCUUAUCAUUCGCCAGCCCCGUGCCGAGCUUCUUACUCGUGAGGAUUUACAAACGUUCACGGCGCUGGUGGAGCGGACGCCGCUGGAGGCAGUGCGCACCUCUCCGGUUGUGUGGGUGUUCAUUAAAGAGAAGGCCGAGAGACUCGGCUUGACUUCCGUGGAGGAAACGGCCACGGCGCGCCUCACCGAGCUGCAUGGCAUGGCGCGGAAAGCGUAUGCCUAG